AUGGAAGACCCAGAGCUUGCUGCGAUUCGUGCAGCCAGAAUGAGCCAACUUCAGCAGAGUAGUAAUGCAAGUGGCGAAAGCGGAGAGGAGAAGAGCAAGCGAGACGCGGAAGACCAGAUGCGCAGAGAUUUGUUGGCUACUGUCUUAGAUGGUGCAGCAAGGGAGAGACUUUCGCGCAUAGCCUUAGUUAGCCCACAACGAUCACAGCAGAUCGAGACGAUUCUCCUGCGUAUGGCUCAGACAGGACAAUUGCGCGGCAGGGUCAGUGAAGACCAGUUGAUCGAGCUAUUGGAACAGGCGGAGGAGGCACAAUCAAAAGGCGCACCGAAGAAAGGUACUAUUGUGUUUCAGCGGAGGAAAGGAGGCAUUGACGACGACGACGAUUUUUGA